AUGUCAACAACAACACAAACUUCGUAUAUGAUUGAUCGCAUUGAAAAUGAAGCUUUUAUUAGCACAUCAGUGAAAAAAGCUUUAUGCAACUUGUACGAAAAUCAAAUAAAAGGACUUCAUCAACAACAAAAUGAAUGUGAUAUGAUAAUAAAAUUAUAUGACGAAUUAAUUGAUGCAAUAAAAAAUGAUUUUCGUUCAUCAGAACAAUAUAAACAUGAUCAUCAAAUACAAGAUGUACACGAUCAAUUAAAAACCAAUCUUAAUAAUUGGAAAAAUAAAUGGUUGGAAUUAGUCAUUGAUACACAACAAUUGGAAAAAGCAUUUAAGGAAUUUAUGGAUUGUCUUGAGUCCAGUUUUAGUGCUGUGUUCACGAUUUUCGAACAUGUUUCGAAAAAGACAAACGAUUUUGAAAAAGAAAAUGAAGAAUUCAGGAAUAAUUUACAACAAGUUAAAACAAAACUCAAUGAAAUAGAAAUAAGUGAAAAGAGAAGAGUUGAAAAAGAAAAAAUUCUUGAAAAACGUAUACUUAUUCGUGAUUUAUUUCUCAUGGCUCACAAAAAAUUACAUGAAGAAAUAGACAAACGUGCAUUACGAAAAUAUGUAUUAAGUAUCGUGUAUGAAAAUGAUAUAAUCGAAUUAUCGAAUAAAUAUACUUUUUUGUUCAAACUUGUCCAUGAUAUAUCGAUAGAAUUUAAAAUUAGUGAAGAAAAAUUAUUAAAAUACCUUCAAGAAACGAAAGAAGUAAAUGAUGAUUUUCAUUUAGCUAAGGAAAUCAAACAAUAUGCUGUCAGUCAUAGUACGACUAAAGAUUAUAAAUUAGAUGAAUUUCUGGAAUUACAACAUAUGCAUCAACUUGAUUCUGACAGUUUUUCGAUUUUUCAAACAGUUUUUUCACAACUAUGCACAAUUAUUAACAAUAGUUCAAACAACCAUCCACCAGCAAAUAAUCCAAAAGUAUUUCGUGUUGGCGAUAAAGUAUUGGUAUUAUUGAAUGAUGCUAAAUUAUAUCCAGCAAAAUUAAUCAGAUUUGGUUUAAAAAAUGAAUGGAUGACUGAAUUUGAUGAUAAAACACAAGGCAGACGAUGGAUAUCACCAAAUCGAUUAUUCUUUCGUGAAGACUUUAAAUGA